CCUUCCGUCGCACUCUCACCAACCACACGUUGGUGAGAAUUUAGUGCUAGUGGAAAUUUAAAUCUUAAUGGUCUAAUCGCAGAAUUAUUACUAGAUCUAACCGUUACACAAGAAGAAAAUAUUGCUAAAGUUUCAACAAUAACAUAGCUAACACUUGAUUUCUGUACAUUGAGUCAUUGCUCUUUGUUACCCCUGAAACCAGUUUUGCCCAACUCCCAAGUUUUCUUUAUCCAGCAGUAAGCGGCCUCUGGAGUUGUGUGACUGCGGGGUUCGUGGUCCUGGUGUCUUCAGGAUGAUCCUGCACCUCCCUCCCAUCCAGCGCCCGUACUCUUCUGUAACUGCACCUUCAGACUGUGGCCACAAAUACUCCGCGCUACGCAGAGCAGCUUUUUACUACUCUGUGUGCAAAAGCUGUAUCGCACAAUUAUACAGCGCUGAGCGAAACUAAAAUGAAUUAAGCAAUGACCAUCUCAUCGUUAGAAAACUUGUUACAGCUAUGCAAGCUAGAACAGGCGGAGCCUCACGAGGGUGGUAGUGUUGAACCAUGUGAAUGUGGUUCUGCUGCGGGAGGACGCUGCUGGCUGUAAAUUGGCGGUUUCACACGCAGAAUUGGGACAUUUUGUGGGGAGGAGUCGGCGUCAUCCCUGUUUAUGGGAAGUGCUGUGCUGUGACUGCUGAUGCGGGGUCCUGCAACACUCACCCGGCGCGGGGCAGCCCCCGGGAGAGUGGGGCCGAAGCUGGCUGGGCUGCAGCUCACGCUCCCCGCGUGUGCCUGGAGCAGGACAGGGACGGUCCUGCAGCGGCUGUCUGGAUCUCGUCCCCCUCCUCGCAAGCACCGAUAGCCCUGGCUUGCCAGGACACCGCCCGCUAACCAGCCUGCCGGUUUCUGUUGGUGUUUCAGAGUCUCCUUCCACAGCCUCCUAGUGAAGAUGCAGGCAGACUCCAUUCUUCACAGCGGCUACUUCCACCCUGUGCUACGCUCCUGGCAGUGUACAGCAACCACCUUCGAUGCCUCCAACCUCAUCUACCCCAUUUUUGUCACUGACAGCCCUGAUGCAGUGGAGCCGAUCCCCAGCCUCCCUGGACAAGCCAGGUACGGAGUCAACAAGCUGGAGGGGAUGCUGCGUCCCCUCGUCGAAGACGGUCUGAAGUGUGUGCUCAUCUUCGGGGUGCCCAGCAGGGUCCACAAGGACGAGAGAGGCUCCGCCGCUGAUGCGGAGGACACGCCUGCCAUCCAGGGAAUCAAGAGGAUCCGCUCCACCUUCCCAGAGCUGCUCAUAGCCUGCGAUGUCUGCUUGUGCCCUUACACCUCCCACGGGCACUGCGGCAUCCUGCGUGAAGACGGCACCAUCCAGAACGAGAUCAGCUGCCAGCGGCUGGCCGAAGUGGCGCUGGCCUAUGCCAAAGCAGGUGAGGAGUCUCCUGGCAGCGAUAUGAUGGAUGGGCGCAUCGCGGCCAUGAAGAAGGCGCUGAUCUCCAAUGACUUGGGCAACAAGGUCUCAGUGAUGAGCUACAGCGCCAAGUUUGCUUCGUGCUUCUACGGUCCCUUCAGGUGGGUCUGUCCCUCAGCCAGGAGUGUCCCCAGCCAGCACCGGGCUGGCCGGGAGGACCGGGACGUGCGUGAGGGAACGGACAUGCUGAUGGUGAAGCCAGGGAUGCCCUACCUGGACCUCGUGAGGGACGUCAAGGCUCGAGUUCCCCCUAGUCCUGAGCUUUACUGA